CGCCGGUCCCCUGCAGCAGACGGCGCCAUUUUGUCGUCCUGUCGUGGUUGCGGCGUUUCGCGGUGAUGGCGGCCGAGAGCGUGGCGGUGGUCGAGGCGGCGGAUGAGUUGCGCAGGAUCACCGAGCUCAGGGUGGUGGACCUGAAAGCGCAGUUGAAGAAGAGGAACCUCGACACGAGUGGCAACAAGAGCGUGCUGGUGGAGCGCCUCCGCAAGGCAAUAGAAGAAGAAGGUGGGAAUCCAGAUGAAAUUCCAAUUGCGGCAGACACUCCGGGAAGAAAAAUACCAAAGCGAACAGGGAAAGGUCGGAGAGCAGAGGAUGAUGGUACAGAUGAUGGGUUGGAGGAGGAUUCUGGAGAUGGACAGGAGGAUAUAGAAGCCAGUGUUGACCAAUUACAGGACAUUUCAACAUUGGAUGUUAAUUUUGGGAAUGAAACUGACAUCGAAGGUGCAAUGGCAGGGUGUGCUGAUGAAAAUGAGAUUGAACAGAUCACUGCGUCUUUAACCGAGAAUAUUGAACACGUAGGACUACCUGUAGAGAUCUCUAUGCAGCUACCUUUGGAGAUGGGUGCAGAAGAACCUCUGGAGUCAGCUCUGAUUCUAAGCACAGACCUUCCAGCAGAAAUUGUGGAUGAGCCAAAGGAGAUGAUGGACACGGACAUGCCAUGCACCGGAGAGGAGGAAUCCAUGUCAAAUAAAGAAGACACUGAAGAUAUACUUGAAGAAACAGAGAAGGAGAAUGUAGCCGAGAGUUCGGGGGAAGCUUGUAGUUCAGUCCCUAUCGAGGAGGAGCCCUCAGAAGAGACCCAGCUAUCUACACAAGAAAUGAUCAACAUAGAAUCCUACCAGAAAGAAGAAGAAGAAGAUGACAACAUCUCAGUUACUGUACAAGCAGAGGAUGCACUAACGCUGGAACUCGACAAUGACUUUUUGGAUGCUCCCAAGAAAGAAUCAAAAUCAUCAGGGACUGACUCCGAGAAACCCUGCAAUCAAGUACCCAGUGGCAAUAAAAAUGAAAAUGAAAUGAGCACAACACCAAAUAUGGGCGAAAUGGAAGGCGAACAACAGAAAGAAGAGUUAGAAGGGGCAGGCAUUGAGAUCACAGAGAAAGAACAGCAGCCAGGAACUGAGGAAAGCAAAGAUGAAACAUUGAAAACAGAAGAUGAAGGUGAUUCUAAUGAAGCAGCUAAGAAAGAAAUCUCGAUUAUAGAGGGCAGUGAUCAGAACAAGAGCUCUAUCAAGGAUGGAAAAGAUAUUAAAAUUGCAGCAAAAGACGAGAAAGGCCGAUCUGGUAGUACCACCAUUUCAGACAGUGCAGGAAAGAAUCUUUGGGUGAGUGGCCUGUCCUCUGCCACCAGAGCAACUGACUUGAAGAACCUCUUCAGUAAAUAUGGCAAGGUGGUUGGUGCAAAAGUAGUGACUAAUGCUCGUAGUCCAGGAGCACGUUGCUAUGGAUUUGUGACCAUGUCAACCAGCGAGGAGGCAACAAAAUGUAUUGGCAAUUUGCACAGAACAGAGCUGCAUGGGCGAAUGAUCUCUGUGGAGAAGGCUAAAAAUGAGCCUUCGGGUAAGAAACCAGAUAAGAAGGACGAUUCAAAAAAGGAUCCCAAAUCAGUGUCCAGUCGAGAACUCAGCAGUGAUAGGCGUCAUUCUGCAGAUUCCAAAACUGACAGAGCGAGCAGUGGGAAAAAUGAUAAAAAAGAUGAUUUAAAGAAAUUGGAUGACAAAAAGAAAGAGUCAAAGGAUGAAAAGAGGGAUGAUAAAAAAGAUUUUAAAAUUGAACGGAAAUCUGGAUCCUCGCGUGCUGAUGGAAGCAGAUCAGGAAGUCGUGGUUCUGAAAGAAUAGUCGUGAUGGAUAAAUCUAAAGGGGAACCAGUCAUCAGUGUGAAGACAAAAUCCAAAGAUGAGUCGUCUGUAAAGAACUUGGACAGCAAGCCAGACAGCAAGGAAAAGGACAAAAAGGAUAUGUUGUCCUUCGAUAAAAUCAAAGAACAGCGGGAGCGGGAGCGGCAAAGGCAACGUGAGCGGGAGAUUCGUGAGAUUGAAAGGCGCAGGGAACGGGAAAAAUGGGAGAGAGAGCGUAUGCGGGAACGUCAAGAACGAGAGCUGCUCCAACGGGAGCGAGAGCGACUUGAAGUUGAAAGAAAGCGUCUGGAGAGGGAACGGCUAGAACGCGAGAAACUGGAACGGGAGAGAAUCCAAAUAGAACAGGAAAGGAGGCGGGAGCAAGAGCGAAUUAAUAGAGAGAGAGAAGAAUUGCGCCGUCAACAGGAGCAAAUGCGCUAUGAACAUGAACGCCGUGGUGGUCUUAAAAGGCCGUAUGACAGUGAUAGGCGAGAUGAUCAGUAUUGGCCUGAUCAAAAACGUAUGGCGCUGGAUAGUGACAACAGAUACAGCAGUCAUGGGUCAGACUUUGGCCGCCCGGACCGGUUCAGUGAUUUUGACCAUCGGGAUCGAGGUCGGGCAUUUAUGGAUAUGCAGAUGGACAGGCGAAUGGACCGUUUUGAACGAAGAGAUAGUGGUCCACCACGUCGGGAUGAAAUACCUUUUGGAGGAAGGUUUGACAAGAGACCUGAAGGGUUUCAUGAAAGGCGAGGUGGUAGCCGAGGCCGUGAGAUCAUGAUGAAAUCUGGUAGAGAUCAUGAUAGACACCUUGUUCACAGUUCUCAUCGCAACCACAGUCCUCGGCGUGAAUCUCCACGAAGAGGGCCACCACGCGGGGACUGGAAACUUGAUAGGAUGCCAGACCGGCGUGAUUCUAGUUCCCGAGGCAUGAUUGGUGAUAGAGAUGGACAGCAUUAUCCUGAUGGAAGACACGGAGGACCAGAGCGCCACAGCCGUGAUUCAGGGUCACAGCGAGAAGGUUGGGGCGGGUCUAGUGGUGGCUAUGGACCUGGCAUGAAACGUGUGGGAGACAACAGAGGAGGAAUAAUGCCUCAGCAAUCAAGAGAUAGGGAUUGGGGUGGUGACCAUGGGCGGAAGAUAGAAGGUCAUCCAGAGCGCUCUUGGCAGGGAAGCAUGGAUGGAGGAAUUAUGGGAAGAGAUCAUGACCGUUGGCAAGGAGGUGAUAGGGGCGUACCUGCCCAGUCUGGACAAGGUCAUAUGAUGCAACGAGGAGGAAUGCCAGGGCAUGGAGGAUUUGUGCAAGGGGGGAGCCAGCAGAGUGUUCAACCGAUGAACCGCACAGUCCAGAUAAUGUCAGGUGGCGGCAUGCAAGGAACAGGCAGCUUUGGUGACCAAGACAGAGUGCAGAGACCGUCCAGUGAUCCCCGUUUCCAGCGUCGCUACUAGACCUUGUUUCUAUUACUGGAUUUUAAUGUAAAGGAAUUCUUUAGUGGUGCAUAGUGCUAAUCACAGUACCAUGUUCUUGUGUAUUUUUGUUUACUGCCUCUGAAACCAGAAUUGUUUUGGAAUUAAUGAUCAUUUCAUGGUUACUUUAUUGUUAAAGUACUUGUAUUGAAAUUAGGCUCUACUGAAGAGUCACUUCAAUUUUCCAUAAAUAAAAGUAAAAGUGGA